AACCCUAGGUUGAUCAGAAGGGAGCAGACAGUCAGACCAGACAGGUCUGACCUUUCCUGAAUCCUCCAGCCAUGCGGCUCCUCUGGGGGCUGGCCUGGGUGUUCAGCUUCUGUGCCUCAUCCCUGCAGAAGCCCAGGUUGCUCCUGUUUUCCCCUUCUGUGGUUAAUUUGGGGACCCCCCUGUCGGUGGGGGUACAGCUCCUGGAUGCCCCUCCAGGACAGGAGGUAAAAGGAUCAGUGUUCCUCAGAAACCCAAAGGGUGGUUCCUGCUCCCCAAAGAAGGACUUUAAGCUGAGCUCGGGAGAUGACUUUGUGCUGCUCAGCCUUGAGGUCCCACUGGAAGAUGUGAGGAGCUGUGGCCUCUUUGACCUGCGCAGAGCCCCCCACAUCCAGCUGGUAGCUCAGUCUCCGUGGCUAAGGAACACAGCUUUCAAAGCCACAGAGACUCAGGGUGUCAACUUGCUCUUCUCUUCCCGACGAGGCCACAUCUUUGUGCAGACCGAUCAGCCUAUCUAUAAUCCGGGGCAGCGGGUUCGUUAUCGGGUCUUUGCACUGGAUCAAAAGAUGCGCCCAUCCACUGAUUUCCUCACCAUCACAGUGGAGAACUCCCAUGGCCUCCGUGUACUCAAGAAGGAGAUAUUUACUUCCACAUCCAUCUUCCAAGAUGCCUUCACCAUUCCAGACAUCUCAGAGCCUGGGACCUGGAAGAUCUCAGCUAGGUUCUCAGAUGGACUGGAGUCCAAUAGGAGCACCCACUUUGAAGUGAAGAAGUAUGUCCUUCCCAACUUCGAGGUGAAGAUUACUCCUUGGAAGCCAUAUAUCCUGAUGGUGCCCAGCAACAGUGAUGAAAUCCAAUUAGACAUCCAGGCCAGGUACAUCUAUGGGAAGCCCGUGCAGGGCGUGGCAUACACACGGUUUGCGCUCAUGGAUGAGCAAGGGAAGAGGACUUUCCUUCGGGGCCUAGAGACGCAGGCCAAGUUGGUGGAAGGCCGGACCCACAUUUCCAUCUCAAAGGACCAGUUCCAGGCUGCCCUGGAUAAAAUCAAUAUUGGGGUCAGAGACCUGGAGGGGCUGCGUCUCUAUGCUGCUACAGCUGUCAUCGAGUCUCCAGGAGGAGAGAUGGAGGAGGCAGAACUCACGUCCUGGCGCUUUGUAUCAUCUGCCUUCUCCUUGGAUCUCAGCCGCACUAAGAGGCAUCUUGUGCCUGGGGCCCACUUCCUGCUGCAGGCUCUGGUCCAAGAAAUGUCAGGCUCUGAAGCCUCCAACGUUCCUGUUAAAGUCUCUGCCACAUUGGUGUCAGGCUCUGACUCCCAAGUCCUUGACAUUCAACAGAGCACCAAUGGAAUUGGCCAAGUCAGCAUUUCCUUCCCCAUCCCACCAACUGUCACAGAACUUCGACUCUUGGUGUCUGCGGGCUCCCUCUACCCAGCCAUAGCCAGGCUCACCGUGCAAGCCCCACCUUCAAGAGGCACUGGCUUUCUUUCUAUUGAGCCACUAGACCCUCGGUCCCCUAGUGUGGGGGACACCUUUAUCCUAAACCUUCAACCUGUGGGCAUCCCUGCACCUACCUUCUCUCAUUACUACUACAUGAUCAUCUCCAGAGGCCAGAUCAUGGCUAUGGGUCGGGAGCCCCGGAAGACUGUGACCUCCGUCUCUGUGUUGGUGGACCAUCAGCUGGCUCCCUCGUUCUACUUUGUGGCUUACUUCUAUCACCAAGGACACCCGGUGGCCAACUCUCUGCUCAUCAACAUCCAAUCCAGGGACUGUGAGGGCAAGCUGCAAUUGAAGGUGGAUGGUGCCAAGGAGUAUCGUAAUGCGGACAUGAUGAAGCUCCGAAUUCAAACUGACUCCAAAGCCCUGGUGGCACUGGGAGCUGUGGACAUGGCUCUGUAUGCUGUGGGUGGUCGGUCUCACAAACCCCUCGACAUGAGCAAGGUCUUUGAAGUAAUCAACAGCUACAAUGUUGGCUGUGGUCCUGGAGGUGGGGAUGAUGCCCUUCAGGUGUUCCAGGAUGCUGGUCUGGCCUUUUCUGAUGGUGAUCGACUAACUCAAACCAGAGAGGACCUGAGCUGUCCCAAGGAGAAGAAAAGUCGGCAAAAGAGAAAUGUUAACUUCCAGAAGGCUGUCAGUGAGAAGUUGGGCCAGUAUUCUUCUCCAGAUGCCAAGCGCUGCUGCCAAGACGGGAUGACGAAGCUGCCCAUGAAGCGUACCUGUGAGCAGCGGGCUGCCCGUGUGCCUCAGCAGGCCUGCCGUGAGCCCUUCUUGUCCUGUUGCAAGUUUGCUGAGGACCUUCGCAGGAACCAGACCAGGAGCCAGGCACACCUUGCCCGAAACAACCACAACAUGCUGCAGGAGGAAGACUUGAUAGAUGAAGACGACAUUCUUGUGCGCACCUCCUUCCCAGAGAACUGGCUCUGGAGAGUGGAACCUGUAGACAGCUCCAAACUGUUGACAGUGUGGCUUCCUGAUUCUAUGACCACAUGGGAGAUUCAUGGUGUGAGCCUGUCCAAAAGCAAAGGUCUGUGUGUAGCCAAGCCAACUCGUGUUCGAGUGUUCAGAAAAUUCCACCUGCACCUGCGCCUGCCCAUCUCCAUCCGCCGCUUUGAGCAGUUUGAAUUACGGCCUGUUCUUUACAACUAUCUGAAUGAUGAUGUGGCUGUGAGUGUCCAUGUGACCCCAGUUGAGGGGCUGUGCCUGGCUGGUGGUGGAAUGAUGGCCCAGCAGGUGACAGUGCCAGCAGGUUCUGCCCGGCCUGUGGCCUUCUCUGUGGUACCCACAGCUGCUGCCAACGUGCCCCUGAAGGUGGUGGCUCGAGGGGUUUUUGAUUUAGGGGAUGCUGUGUCUAAGAUUCUCCAAAUUGAGAAGGAAGGAGCCAUCCACAGAGAAGAGUUAGUCUACAACCUCGACCCCCUAAAUAACCUGGGUCGGACUUUGGAGAUUCCUGGCAGCUCGGAUCCCAACAUCGUCCCUGACGGAGACUUCAGCAGCUUAGUCAGGGUUACAGCCUCGGAACCCUUGGAGACUAUGGGUUCUGAAGGUGCCUUGUCCCCAGGAGGUGUGGCCUCCCUCCUGAGGCUUCCCCAGGGCUGUGCAGAGCAAACCAUGAUCUAUUUGGCUCCUACCCUGACUGCUUCCAACUACCUGGACAGGACAGAACAGUGGAGCAAACUGUCCCCUGAAACAAAGGACCAUGCUGUGGAUCUGAUCCAAAAAGGAUACAUGAGGAUCCAGCAGUUUCGGAAGAAUGAUGGCUCCUUUGGGGCUUGGUUACACCGGGACAGCAGCACCUGGCUGACUGCCUUCGUGCUGAAGAUUCUGAGUUUGGCCCAGGAACAGGUGGGCAACUCCCCGGAGAAGCUGCAGGAGACGGCUAGCUGGCUGCUGGCCCAGCAGCUGGGUGAUGGCUCCUUCCACGACCCAUGUCCAGUCAUCCACAGAGCAAUGCAGGGGGGCUUGGUGGGGUCUGACGAGACAGUGGCACUGACCGCCUUUGUGGUCAUUGCCCUUCACCAUGGGUUGGACGUCUUCCAGGAUGACGAUGCGAAGCAGCUGAAGAACAGAGUGGAAGCCUCCAUCACCAAGGCAAACUCAUUCUUGGGGCAGAAGGCAAGUGCUGGGCUCCUGGGUGCCCAUGCCGCCGCCAUCACAGCCUAUGCCCUUACGCUGACCAAGGCCUCGGAGGACCUGCGGAAUGUUGCCCACAACAGCCUGAUGGCCAUGGCUGAGGAAACAGGGGAACACCUCUACUGGGGCUUAGUCCUUGGCUCUCAGGACAAAGUUGUGUUGCGCCCCACAGCCCCCCGUAGCCCUACAGAACCUGUGCCCCAGGCCCCAGCCUUGUGGAUCGAAACCACAGCCUAUGCCCUGCUCCACCUGCUUCUGCGGGAGGGAAAGGGAAAAAUGGCUGACAAGGCUGCAUCCUGGCUCACCCACCAGGGAAGCUUCCAUGGGGCAUUCCGCAGUACCCAGGACACUGUGGUCACCCUGGAUGCCCUGUCUGCCUACUGGAUCGCUUCGCACACCACUGAGGAGAAAGCACUGAACGUGACGCUCAGCUCCAUGGGCCGCAAUGGGCUUAAGACCCACGGGCUACACUUGAACAACCACCAAGUCAAGGGCCUGGAGGAGGAGCUAAAGUUCUCCCUGGGCAGCACAAUCAGUGUCAAGGUGGAAGGAAACAGCAAAGGCACCUUGAAGAUCCUUCGUACCUACAAUGUCCUGGACAUGAAGAACACCACAUGCCAGGACCUUCAGAUAGAAGUGAAGGUCACAGGCGCUGUGGAAUACGCAUGGGAUGCCAAUGAAGACUACGAAGACUACUAUGACAUGCCAGCCGCAGAUGACCCCAGCGUCCCCUUGCAGCCUGUCACGCCCCUGCAGCUUUUUGAGGGUCGUAGGAGCCGCCGCAGGAGGGAGGCCCCCAAGGUGGUCGAAGAGCAGGAGUCCAGAGUUCAGUACACUGUGUGUAUCUGGCGAAAUGGCAAGCUGGGGCUGUCUGGCAUGGCCAUCGCAGACAUCACCCUCCUAAGUGGAUUCCACGCCCUGAGGGCUGACCUGGAGAAGCUGACCUCUCUCUCUGACCGUUACGUGAGUCACUUUGAGACUGACGGGCCCCAUGUCCUGUUGUACUUUGACUCGGUCCCUACCACCCGGGAGUGUGUGGGCUUCGGAGCCUCGCAGGAGGUGGUUGUGGGACUGGUGCAGCCAUCCAGUGCUGUCCUGUAUGACUACUACAGCCCUGAUCACAAGUGCUCUGUGUUUUAUGCUGCACCCACCAAGAGCCAGCUCCUGGCCACACUGUGCUCUGGAGAUGUAUGCCAGUGCGCUGAGGGGAAGUGCCCUCGACUGCUAAGGUCACUGGAGCGAAGGGUGGAGGACAAGGACGGCUACCGGAUGAGGUUCGCCUGCUAUUAUCCCCGAGUGGAGUAUGGCUUCACGGUUAAGGUUCUUCGAGAAGAUGGCAGAGCUGCCUUCCGUCUCUUUGAGUCCAAGAUCACCCAAGUCCUGCAUUUCAGAAAGGACACCAUGGCCUCCAUAGGUCAGACCCGCAACUUCCUGAGCCGGGCCUCUUGCCGCCUUCGUUUGGAGCCUAACAAAGAGUACUUGAUCAUGGGGAUGGACGGGGAAACCAGUGACAACAAGGGAGACCCCCAGUACUUGCUGGACUCAAAUACCUGGAUUGAGGAGAUGCCUUCAGAACAAAUGUGCAAGAGCACCCGCCAUCGGGCAGCCUGUUUCCAGCUCAAAGACUUCCUGAUGGAGUUCAGCAGCCGGGGGUGCCAGGUGUGAGGCCUUAGGACUCUGGCUCUCUGAGCUCAGCUCAGGGUUAGGGCCUCACUGGAUUAGAGGCUCUGCUCUACAGGGUAAAUAAAAGAAAAGCUUUUUGACAGCCAAA